AUGGCUGCCCACGAAUCGCUCAACCCGCUGCAUCCCUCGGUGCUCCCCUUGCUCGACCCCGCCUUUGUCAACCUGUACAACACCCACGUCGCCAACACCCCAAACAAACCCAUUGACCUUUCCAUUCUCCGGUCGAAAUACUCCGUCCUCUACUCCUACGGCACCGCUCCAGCACCAGAGCCAGCUCGCGUCUACGAUUCCGCAGUGACCGGCCACAACGGCGAACAGAUUCCAUGCCGCGUCUACGAGCCAGACUCCCCGGGACCAUGGCCUGUCCACAUUGAUUUCCACGGCGGCGGCUGGGGCCUCGGCGACCUCGACACAGAAGCCCACAUCUGCAAGCACCUCUGCGUCAAAGCCAACGUCGCCGUAAUCGACAUCGCGUACCGACUCGUCCCCGAAAUGCCCUUUCCUAUCGGAAUCCAAGACUCGUUUGCCGCGCUGAAAGACGUCUACAAUACGGGCAAGGAGAAGUUCAACAUCGAUCCCACCCGGAUCUCCCUCGGCGGUGUUUCCGCGGGCGGAAAUAUCGCCCUUGUCUGCUGCCAUCUCGCUCGAGAUAACGGAAUACCGAUUAAACUCGCUGCUGUUGGAACUCCCGUCAUCGACGAUAUCUCGCGGUACGAGAGUGCAGCGGACUCGCCUUUCCCGUCAAUGCGGGAAAUGGAGCACGCGCCGACGCUGAACUGGGCGAGGCUCAAGUGGUUCGAUACCCUGAAGUGGGAAUCGUUGUCGGAUGACCCUGCCGUGAAGGGAAAGCAGAUGGAGGAGAUAGGAUGGUGGAAGGAUCUCCUCUCCGCACCGGAUUACUCGCGACUUCCGAAGACGGUCAUCUACACGGCUGGUUGUGAUCCACUGAGAGACGAGGGCGAGGCGUACGCAAGGAAGUUGAUCGAGGCGGGGAGUGAGGUUGUCCAGAAGAGGUUUCAUGGGGUGCCUCAUCCGUUUAUGCACAUGGAUAAGGAUCUCUGGCAAGCGAGAGAGUUCAUUGAUCUGACGGCAGGCCAUAUAAAGUCCGCUCUCCAUAGCUCUUAG